AUGAACAGUUUUCAAGUUACUGAUCCGCAUAGCACUCUGCUUGUCGGCAUAGAUUAUAACGCUUGUCUACGUUGUCAGGCGGAAAAUAAACGCGAAGUACUCGGCCGUCAGGAUUGUGUGGUCGUUUGGGGCGAAUGCAAUCAUUCAUUCCAUCAUUGCUGCAUGUCGCUUUGGGUGAAACAAAAUAAUCGCUGUCCACUUUGCCAGCAGGAGUGGUCCAUACAACGCAUGGGCAAGUGAGAAUGCAUGUGCGCCCGUUAAAAUAAUGAAUGCAAUUGCACUGGAAAAAGGGAAAAAAUGGAAUUUUUACAUAAAUUUUAAGAAUACAAUCGGUAUUGGUAUUACAUACACAUGUGAGCUGAAUAUUUCUCAAUAGAUUUAAGUUUCAAUAUUUGUCGAGUAUAUAAUAUAAGCCGAAAAUUGAGAAUGUACGUGGAGAGAAAUGUUAGAAUAAACUAAACUGUAUUUGCGAGCAAGAA